AUGUAUGAAGACAAUGCUGCUUGUAUAGCUCAAAUUAAAGAAGGGUUUAUCAAGGGUGACAGAACCAAACAUAUACCACCAAAGUUCUUCUACCCACAUGAGCUUCAGAAGAAUCAACAGAUUGAAGUCAAACAAAUUCGUUCCCAAGAUAACCUGGCAAAUCUCUUCACCAAAGCUCUUCUGAAGUCUAUAUUUUAG